AGACGCGGCCGAGGUAGGACUGGGUCGGCGGCUUCCUUCCGGCUCUGCGCUCCUGGCUGGGGGCUGCUGGGCGGCUAGGGCCGGGUCCCCGCACCCGGCUCUCGAGUCCGGGAUUACCCGCGGGGCCUGAGAAGCGCUUUGCCCCCUACAGCCUCUCGAGCCAGCCCUUGGCUCGGAAUUGGAUAAUGGUCCUCAUUCUUACCCAGAUCUCACACGCCGUCCCCGCUCCCGAUCCCAGGGGGUGACAGGUGCGCACGCCUUUCAAACACGUGUUAAAAUCCAGGACGUCGUCUCAAAUGCCAGAGAUUUGCGGGAAUGCUCCUGGAAGGCCUCAAAAUCGCCAACAGUCCACUUUGGAAAGUGAAGAAUGGAAUCCUUGGGAAGGAGAUGAAAAAAAUGAGCAACAACACAGAUUUAAAACUAGCCUUCAAAUAUUAAAUAAAUCCACGAAAGGAAAAACAGAUCUCAGUGUACAAAUCUGGGGCAAAGCUGCCAUUGGCUUGUAUCUCUGGGAGCAUAUUUUUGAAGGCUUACUUGAUCCCAGCGAUGUGACUGCUCAGUGGAGAGAAGGAAAGUCAAUCGUAGGAAGAACACAAUACAGCUUCAUCACUGGUCCAGCUGUAAUACCAGGGUACUUCUCCGUUGAUGUGAAUAAUGUGGUACUCAUUUUAAAUGGAAGAGAAAAAGCAAAGAUCUUUUAUGCCACCCAGUGGUUACUUUAUGCACAAAAUUUAGUGCAAAUUCAAAAACUCCAGCAUCUUGCUGUUGUUUUGCUUGGAAAUGAACAUUGUGAUAAUGAGUGGAUAAACCCAUUCCUCAAAAGAAAUGGAGGCUUCGUGGAGCUGCUUUUCAUAAUAUAUGACAGCCCCUGGAUUAAUGACGUGGAUGUUUUUCAGUGGCCUUUAGGAGUAGCAACAUAUAGGAAUUUUCCUGUGGUGGAGGCAAGUUGGUCAAUGCUGCAUGAUGAGAGGCCAUAUUUAUGUAAUUUCUUAGGAACGAUUUAUGAAAAUUCAUCCAGACAGGCACUAAUGAACAUUUUGAAAAAAGAUGGGAACGAUAAGCUUUGUUGGGUUUCAGCAAGAGAACACUGGCAGCCUCAGGAAACAAAUGAAAGUCUUAAGAAUUACCAAGAUGCCUUGCUUCAGAGUGAUCUCACAUUGUGCCCGGUCGGAGUAAACACAGAAUGCUAUCGAAUCUAUGAGGCUUGCUCCUAUGGCUCCAUUCCUGUGGUGGAAGACGUGAUGACAGCUGGCAACUGUGGGAAUACAUCUGUGCACCACAGUGCUCCUCUGCAGUUAUUCAAGUCCAUGGGCGCUCCCUUUAUCUUUAUCAAGAACUGGAAGGAACUCCCUGCUGUUUUAGAAAAAGAGAAAACUAUAAUUUUACAAGAAAAAAUUGAAAGAAGAAAAAUGUUACUUCAGUGGUAUCAGCACUUCAAGACAGAGCUUAAAAUGAAAUUUACUAAUAUUUUAGAAAGUUCAUUUUUAAUGAAUAAUAAAAGUUAACUUAAUUAUCUUUUUGAGC